GAGACUGGGGGGAGUGGGACAGGGUGAGGAAGCUUUCAGGAUUACAAGCGGCCUUGGAGCCAGUGCAGCAGUCUGCUAAGGAAAGUGGUGAAAGCCCCUUGGCUUGGAGACUGGACGAAGCGCUAGAAAACACACUAUAGGGCACCGCUCCGUGGGAGUUAGGCACCAUGGCCCAGACCCUGAAAGGAGCCUAGCUGCCAUGGAAAUCAAUAAGAGUUAAGCUCCUAAACCCUUUUGAGGACUUGAGCACUAGUCCUCUUUGUGAAUCCUGCUUAGUGUCUCUGUGCAUCUUUAGGGGCCUUUCAGAAUCUGGCUCUUUAGAUACGGCAGUGAUGGAUAGGAGUCUUUUCCAUCUCUGAGCUCUGUGGCGCUAGGAUUAAAUAAUAAUACUUUGCACUUGCAUUUCCUUUCAUUGGAGGAGCUCAAAGCACUUUCCAGAGGGGAAGCAUGGAGAACAAUGAUUUAGCCGCCGUCACACCGUGAGUCGGUGACUAAAACCCAGAGUCCUGGCUCCCAGUGUCCUGCUGGAACAAUUCGUUCAUUUUUGCCUCUGCUGCCCAUAAUAAUUCUGGGAGUCAGAAGGCCAGCUUCCUUGCACUGCCCUGGUCACGCUGGGUUCUUGAUAAAAUCUUGUUCACUCUUCUGCUCUUGCUGCCUGAUGGCUCAGAUCGCCAGCCAAUGUCAUGCAGCUCUCAAAGUCCAGUAGGUUAGGAUUUGGUUGAGGAUUUUGCUCAACAGGAAACAGAUGAAGGAAGUGAGAUUAACUGGCUCUGUUUCACCAGCCAUUGGGUAAAACAGCUCUAGCGCUGCAACCUCCUCUCUCCCUUUCUAGGUGCUGUCUCCAGCUCAGGAAGGCAUGGGGGGAGCGCAGUCCCUCAGGCUGCCCCAUGGGAAAGGACCUCACCAAGUGGGCUGCACGGAUGUGAUGGUGGGCCCCAACCGGAAGGGGCUUUUCUUCCGGUUGUUUUACCCCUGCCUUCCCCAGGAGGGGGCAGAGCAGCCCCUCUGGAUCCCGCGCCGUGAGUACUGCGAUGGGCUGGCCGACUACAUCAACCUGAAGUGGUGCACCCCGCUGCUCAGUGUGACUUUUGGGUCCUACAGAGUUCCAGUGAACUGGAACGGACCUUUUAAGGCAUGUGGCAGCAGGUACCCACUGAUCAUAUUCUCCCAUGGCCUGGGAGCCUUUCGAGCCGUCUACUCGGCUGUCUGUGCGGAAAUGGCCUCCCGUGGCUUUCUGGUGAUGGCGCUGGAGCACAGAGACCAUUCUGCCUGUGCAACUUACUUUUGCAAGGCAGAGGCUGGGGGGUCCGAUUCCCUGGAGGCUGCGCUGCAGGAGGAAUGGAUCCCGUUUCGAAGGGUCCAAGAAGGGCGGAAGGAAUUUCAUUUUCGAAACCCACAGGUUCAUCAAAGAGCAAACGAGUGCGUGCGAGGGCUCAGGCUGGUGCAGGACAUCAGCAGCGGCAAAGCUGUCACCAAUGUCUUGCACAAAGGAUUUGAUCUGUCUGCACUGAAGGAGAGUGUGGAUUUGUCUAAAGUCGCUGUAAUGGGCCACUCUUUCGGAGGAGCAACGGCAAUUCUAGCCCUUUCUAAAGAGGACCAUUUUAGAUGCGCCGUUGCUCUCGAUGCCUGGAUGUUCCCUUUGAAGAAUGAUCUCUACCACAAGGUGACCAAGCCGGUGCUUUUUAUCAACACGGAGAAAUUCCAGACUGCAGAAAGUGUCGCCAAAAUGAAGAGACUCAGCUCCAGAAACAGGCAGACCAAGAUCAUAACCCUCCUGGGAUCUGUGCAUCUGAGUCAGACUGACUUCACUUUUCUGGCUGGGAAUCUCCUGAACAGACUGUUCCAGACCAGAGGCACCCUGGACCCAUACGCAGGCUUGGACAUCACCAACAGGGCGGCGCUUGCUUUCCUGCAGAAACAUCUGAGGCUGGAGGAAGAUUUUGAUCAGUGGAAUAAUCUCCUGGAAGGCAUUGGUGACUCGGUGAUUCCAGAGGCGCCUCUCUGCAUCUCCAGCCUUUAGAGACACUGUCUGCUGGUCUGUCCCCAUGGAUGUUAGGCAUCCUCCAUACCAGGAAGAUAGUAGCUUCACCUUAAAUCAGCAACUCUAAUAACUCUGCAAAAGGCACGUGUAAAUCAUGCAGCUGCUGAUGGAAUCCAGAGACAUGGAGCCCUCGCUGGUCCAGAAUUCAUGCUGGAACCGGAAGACUAGAGGCCCUGACUGGUCGAGGGUUGGCCAUGGAACCCAGAGACUGGGCCCUCCUCUGGUCUAGAACUCACCAUCGAGAACAGACUGGGGCGCCUGGCUGCUCUAGAACCGAUUUUGGAACCUAGAAAACUGAUGCCUUAUUGGACAGAAGCAGGUGUGGGGUGUGGCUUGGCUUAGAAGCCCCCUUUUGACAGGUCUCAAACCUUUCUUUCUGCCCCUUCAAAUCCCUCCUCUAAAUACAUUUCUUCCCGAAAGUCUUUCACACAUGAGACCUGCCUUGGUCCCCUCUGACUCCUACCAACACCCCAUGCACUUUGUGUGGCUGCACUUUGUUGUCUACACCUGAACUACAUUGCACUAGUUUCAGACAAUGAAAGGAAAAUCUCUCUCCUUGUGUUAAACUCUCAGAAGCCCCUCCUGUGAAUUACCUGAGGUACUAAUGCUGCUGUAGUAAUUGUCAGUCUAAAUGGUAUCGUCUGUAAAAUGGUGCAUAUAUUAGAAACUGUAUUUUCUUCUCUCUUAAGUGUGCAUUAAAUGAAGAUGGAGAAUAUUGUU